AUGACUGACGGUUUGUGCGCCUCGCUCACAGCAGGUGAAAAUUCUGGAAGCCGGUCCCGCCCAGAAAGCGAGGAGCAACUCUGGGCCACUCCCAGAGGCCGAGAUCUCAAAGUCUGCGCGGCAGAGACAGACAAGACAGGCCAAGUGACGGUGACGGGCUGCGAGCUUCCGCCAGGCCCUGAAACCGAUCGUCUUCCAGCCCUGGGCGCCACCUGGGACCUCUCCCCACGCUUGCCCUUGCCCAAGACUGUCAAGCGUCUGCACAAGUCCAGGUGUCCAGGCAGAGGGCAGCCGGCCAGAGAACAGCCAGCCCACGUCCCCCAACCCAGACGAGGGUGGCCGGCAGGGAGCUCUCUUUGGCAGCACCAAGCCCUACCCCUGUCCUGCCGCGCGCUAGAGCUGCGGUCUGGCAAGGCCUGCGCCCACCCCAACGCUUCCCUCGGUGCCAAUAGGACACUGGCUGGUCUCCCACGCAGCCAAGCGGAACUCCUGCGCACUAGCCGAGCGCACCCCCCGUCUUCCGGCCCAGCGCAUCGGCUUGCGUUGCGGACAGCCUCCUCCCCUGCCGCCCAUAAACACCCACCCCAGCCCGCUCCAUUGGACCGUAAAACCGCCAGACCGCAACUUCUGGCUGCCCCAUCCAAUUACAGGCUCACCGCAGCAACGAAGGAGACGCCAAAGGAGUUUCCUGGGACCGACUUAGCCCUUGCCCUUCCACACUUAUAA